GGAACGCACCGCAAAAUACAGCCGCACCGAAGGUCACUCUCUUCGCCCGACCGCAACGAUGCGAUCAAGUUCUUCUAUCGAAAUCAGCAAUCAGUAAAGUGCAAAUUCACGGAUCAUAAAAUGUGGAAACUCAAUCUAUCCCUUCUAGAUGGAGAGGAAGAGCAAGAAGGGAGCUUGUUUGGCGAAUCUGAUGGUCUUUGUUCGCUGUCUCCGUUACAGAGAAUAUAUGGGUUUGCAGCGUCUCUUGUUGCUGGCCUGGCUUUUAUGCUUCUGUCAUUGAUCGUUUUUGCCAGACCCAUCAAGUUCGCAAUAAUGUUCAGCUUUGGCAACAUAUUGGCAGUGGGAAGCACAGCCUUCCUUAUUGGGCCAGGACAGCAAAUAAGAAUGAUGCUUGAUUCGUCUCGCAUUUAUGCAACAGCUAUGUAUAUUGGGAGUGUUUUUCUUGCUCUCAUUUUUGCACUUUGGAUUCAUAACAAGGUCUUAACACUACUUGCUAUGAUAUGUGAGAUUUGUGCGCUUAUUUGGUACGGUUUAAGUUACAUUCCUUUUGCUCGUAGAAUGGUCUCUGAAUUGUUCAUCAGUUGUUGUGACACUGAGAUAUAGAUGAGAUUCCUCCCGUACUCAGACCCCGAAAUGGGAGUCUGUGAGAAUGAUCAUCUUGGAGUGUCAUGAAGCCUCCAGAUUUGGCUUCCUUUUAUAAUUUCUUUGUGUGUGCAUGAAUGGUGGUAUUUGUUUUGAUUUUGGGCCUUUUGACGCCUAAGAGGGUGUAUUUGUGUUCCCUAUGAGAUUGGUGAUUUGAGGAAGUAUUCCAAUUGUUUGCUUA